GCACUGGGGUGGGCGAGAGAUUCGGCGGGACAGACAUUUCUGAACUACUGUCCCCCAAGAGACCUGACCACCACGGAGAAUUUAAAUACGUCUAAAGGAGACGGGAUUUUGUCAAUAAGGUUGCUGCAUAACAAAAACGAUUUGAACAGGAUACAGUAUGGCUAGCAGCGGCAGCAGAAGACGUCGACACCUUUGUGAUGUUGGGGAUGACCAUGACUGCAUUGAGGUGAAAUGUCCCAAGAAGUCUUUGCAGAAAGUCAAGUGGUCGAGGGAAGAGGAUGAGAGGCUGAAGAGGCUUGUGGAUGAACACGGAGCAGAUGAUUGGAAUGUGAUCGCAGAUAAUUUCAAGAAAAGAUCUGAGUCUCAGUGUCAGCACCGAUGGCAAAAGGUGCUCAACCCAGAGCUGGUGAAAGGGCCAUGGACCAAGGAGGAGGAUGAGAGGGUCAUCGAGUUGGUGCACAGGUAUGGCCCCAAGCGCUGGUCCAUCAUUGCCAAGCAUCUGCACGGGCGUAUCGGCAAGCAGUGCCGGGAGCGCUGGCACAACCACCUUAACCCUGAGGUGAAGAAGUCGUGCUGGACUCAGGAGGAGGAUCGGAUCAUAUACGCUGCUCACAAACGUAUCGGGAACCGCUGGGCUGAGAUAGCAAAGCUGCUGCCUGGCAGGACAGACAACUCUAUAAAGAAUCACUGGAACUCGACCAUGCUUAGGAAGGUGGAGCAUGAGGGCUAUCUGCAGGACGUCCCGACUCGGGUCUACAAGACCAAGGCUUCCAUCAAGAAAAGAACCAAGUCUUCCAGCUCCUCCUGGCGGAGACAGAAUCACUAUUUUAUGACUAUCCCUACAAAGAUUUCAGGAUAUUCCCUUGGCUUGUUGAAUGGCCAGUCCAUGGACAGUGUUCCUGAAACCUCUUUCUUUGUCCCGAACACAGAAGGUCACUACUCCAGCUGGUCCAGCAGCCUGACAGACGACGGUCUGACCAACACGACCCUGAGCAGCUUGGGGAACCAGAGUAUGGAGGGCCGUGGUUCGGCUGUCUACACUCCUGUGUCUCCCAGCAGGUUCCUGGCCGUGGAAGCAAGCGCUGUCCUCUCCUCCCUACAAACCAUCCCCGAGUUCGCAGAGACUCUGGAGCUCAUAGACUCGGACCCAGUGGCUUGGAGCGAGGUGACCAGUUUCAGCUUGAAGGAAAUGACCUCGCCCCUGAAACAGGAAGUGAUGUUGUCUGUCUCUCAAGUGGGGAUGCCAGAAGGAGCUAGCUACCAUUUUGAGGACUCAGUCAUAAUGGACCUGAGUGAGAAAUACACUGAACUGAUGCCUGCCUCUUCACCCACCGUGACUAAGCUGAGCACACCUCCCUCCAUCCUGAAGAGGAGGGAGAGGGGGGAGCAGUACCCUGUCAGUCAGUGUCACAGCACCUCCUUUUUGGACAACAGCACCACCUCACCUAGCAUCACUCAUGUCAAAGCACUGCCAUUCUCUCCCUCCCAGUUUUUCAAUGUGUCUGGCGUUGAGGAUUUGACUCUAGAAAACCCAGCUCUGACGUCCACCCCAGUGUGCGGUCACAAACGUGCCAACACCACCCCCUUCCAGAAGGAGUUAACAACCAAGUAUCAGAAGGAGAAUGCUGGUUUCAGGACCCCCAAGGUUCGUAAAGCCAUCAUGUUUCCCAUGCCACUAACUCCAACACCAUUCAAGACUGCCACGGCCACCCAAGAGAAGACGCAGGCCCAGCUGAAAAUGAUGAUGCAGCAGCCACAGUCCCUGGCCUACCUGGAGGAAGAGGUGCUUAGAGUGGAAAACAAGGUUGAUAUGUUAAUUCAUGCAGAAACACAGGCUGACUUCUGCUCCUCCUGGAAACAUGAGGUUGAUCCAUCGUCCAGGAGUGUUAGGAAAUCCCUGGCUGCGGAACCCUGGAAUAAGGACUGCCACAGUGCUCAACUCUAUUUCCAAGAAGACUUCAACAAUGCACAGAUCCAUGGGGAGAGCCUGCUGACCAGCGCCCCCCAGAGGUCAUCCAUGCUGGGCUGUGAGGAGCUGGUGUACUCGCCAGCCCCUGGUCUAGGACCAGGGAGAGAGGAGCCAUGCUGUUACCUGCCCCACCACACCCUCACCAUCGCCCCGAGGAGAGACGACAACUGUGAGUGGGAUGCUGUGGUAUUUGGGAAGACUGAUGAUCAGAUGAUCGUAGCUGAGCAGGCCAGACAGUUCCUCAGCUCCCAGACAUCUGGCUGUGCCUCCAGAACCUUGGUACUCUGACAGGACCUCAACACUACUUAGGCUGUGUUUAGACAUUCAGCCCAAUUCUGAUUUUGUUUGGCACUAAUUGGUCUUUUGACCAAUCAGAUUUUUUGCCAGUAAUUGGGCAAAAGAUCAGAAUUGUGCUGCCUGUGUAAGUACAGCUAACAGUUAGCCUGGUCCUACUGUAUGUGCUUUCUGGCCUGACACUGACGAUAGGAGUUGGCAAGAGUGCACAAACAGAUCUGGGCCUGGCUCGCUAACAGUCACGAAGAUAGUUUUUACCCAGAGGUAUGCUAAUACUAGACAAUUUUACUAUAGGUAGGAAACAUCAUAUUACCUUUUUUUUAUUUGUCUGUUUUCAAUUACAGGUUGAUAGGAAAAUGAUAUAACAACAUGUAGCCGAUUAACCAUACUGGUAGCAAUUCAUUGAAGUUAUUUUGUAUUGAAUAACCUUAUUAAAGACCAUAACUCUGUUGAUUUUGCACUAUAAAAAGUGGUAUAUCUGUAUGUGUUGUAUACUGUAGCAAGAGAAAGGUGGAGGCAUUUAAUGAAUGUUUUCUGCGUUGAAGGUGCAGAGAAAUUGGAAUCGGUAACUUUUUGUAAUUUAUUGUGCAGAAGCCUUUGGAGCUUUUCUCAUCAAAAAUAAUAUUGAUAUUGUACAUCUGAUGGUGUUAAUGCUGUUUUACCACUAAACAAAACCCCCACCUGAAUGGAAUUUUUUAACACUUCAUCAGUGAAUCAUGUUAGAUACUGAAAGUACUUUUCAAAACUUAUAAAGAAGUGUACUGUUACUUCUUUGCACAGACUGUAGACAUGUUCUAAUUAUUUUGGAUUGGACAAUAGCUUGUGUAUCUUAUCUCUCUCUCUCUUGAGAUGAAAGCAUUGCAAAAUUCACAGAACACAUCCUGCCCCAUAUUCACAUUUUGUCCCAUAUUAUUACAAACACAGUUUACAGGCUUCCACCUCAGAUGUCUAUGCAGAAGCAAAUUGCACUUCUUGUUUUCAACAUUUGUGUAUUCCUUUGGAUGUAGCAUACACAUUUUGUUAUAAUUGAAUGUACUGUUAACUGUUAUUGUUAACAAGAACUAAGGGUGAUGGAGUUGGGCUUUGUGGCAUGGAACUGUGUGCAUAUUCUGCUGCUACAGAGACAAAGCAGGUCAUGCACGUCUGAGGGUCAGAAGCCAUUGGAGAAACACUGCCUGGGACAAACAUACUUUAAUAAACAUUUUGGCAGUUGGUUGGUGUAUAUAAGUUAAAGUACUUGCUCCUUAGGUGUCCAAAGAGUUUAUUUUAUGUAUUAGGAUUUCACUUACCGGUAACUCAAAUUGUAAAUGUAUAGGUAUGUAAACUGAUUCCUUUCUUAGCAAGGUUUUAAACAUGGAUUUUAAUUUUGAAAUCAUAAAACAGUAUGUAGAAAGUUCUGUAAGGCAUUUUAAGAAAGUCAAGUGUUGAUCUACAGUAUUUGAUUCUGAAGCAUAGUGUGUUAGUUUUACCCUACAUUAAGAAGUAUUUUAUCAACCUGUGCUAGCUAUAGGUAAUACAUCCAGCUAAAUAUCAAAUAGGUUUCAUUUGAUAGGAGUACUAGGGCAACUGAAGGAUAUUCCAAUCAAAGUUAUUUUCAAGUGUACUGCAUCUUUGUGUAAAGAUUUAUUGUAAUAUGAUUUAACAUUUUGUUUACCUGUAAUAUAGUUUAAUUUUUAAACCUGUUCCUAAUUCUAGGUUUGGAGGGAAAAAUGUACAUGCAGCACUUUGGUCUUUCUAUAAAAUAGAAAGUAUACACAUUUGUUUUUCACAGUUUUUAUAUGGCACAUUGUUUAUGUCACCUUUGUAUAGAGUCACUGCCAACUCGUGCACAUGUACCUCAGUUUGGUAAUAAUAAAAUGCUAAAACUA